AUCCAUUAUUUGAUUCUUGAUAUCUUCUCUCUUGGCAGUACCUAUAAAUCAUUUUGUGCUUCACGUGUUAAAUUUAGUUAGCAUGAUAAAAUAAGACACAGUAGACCUAUCCACCUUUUAAUUGUAGUAUAACGUAGAAGUUAUAAGUGCAUUUAAAUUGUUGUGAAAUUAUUACAUAUUUCAGUAAAAAAUGACCGAAAAAUCCCCAAAAACUAACUGGUACUUAUAUUUUUCUGUAUUUUCAGCAAACUUAGCUGUUUUUGCUGGUGGAGGCUGUUGGACGUGGACUUCACCGAUUCUGCCAAAACUGAAAUCCGAAGACAAUAGUGUUAAUGUUCUUGGCCGCCCUAUAACUGUAGAAGAAGAAACAUGGCUUGUAUCAUUUAUGCAAGUGGGUUUAGUUUGCAGUACUCCGGUCUCUUUGUUUCUACAUAAGUUCUUUACUAAGAAAAGCGUAUUGUUGAUCGUCAGUAUUCCUCUUGUGCUGGCCCAUAUUUUACUCAUGUUUCCUGAUAAAAUUGGCUAUUUCUUUGUAGCCAGAUUUUUUAUGGGUAUGACUACAGGCUCUUUGUGGACCGUUCUGCCAAAUUAUGUUGCCGAAAUAGCCCAGGAUAAUAACAGAGGAUUUUUCGGUACGAUGGCAGGAGUUAUGGGUGCCGCAGGAAGCAUGGUAUCCUAUUUGGUUGGACCUUACUUAACGUUAUGGAGUUUCAGCAUAGUAAACCUGGUACCUUUGGUUUUAUUUUAUGUUUUCUACGGUUUCUUUUCUCCAGAUAGUCCGUACGACUUGAUUAUAAAAGAAAAGCUGGUAAAGGCUGAAAAAAGCUUAUCAAAACUUCGUUUUAAUUCCAACGUUGAAAAAGAAUUAAGCGACAUUGCUAGUUCCAUUAAGUCUGGAAAUGAUAAAACAUUCAUGGAUUUGUUUAAAGACAGGGGACUAAAAAAAGCUUUAAAGAUUUGCCUGUUUUUAAUGGCCUUCCAGCAAUUAUCAGGUAUUGGUGCUGUUGUUUCUUACACUGAAACCAUUUUCCAGAUGGCUGGAAGUGUUAUAAGAUCAGACAUUUCCGCUAGUGUAGUUGGUAGCGUAUCGUUACUCUCUGUUCUAAUUAGUAGUCGCUUAAUAGAUACUAUGGGUAGAAAAAUACUUCUUGUCAUAUCAUGCACUCUGGCUUUUAUUUCUUUAUCAGCAUUAUCAGUUUAUUUCUUUCUUUACGAUAACGGUAUAGAUACUUCACCAAUAUUCUGGAUACCAAUUGUCAGUUUGAUAUUGUAUAUUCUGGCGUUCAAUAUAGGUUUGGCAGCUCUUCCAUGGGUAAUACUAGGUGAAGUGUUUUCAUCCAGUGUUAAAAACAGUGCUUCCUUUAUUGUGUGCAUCACAAAUUAUGUAAUAUGUCUGGGUGUGACUAUAAGCUUUUCUUAUUUAGUGCAGCUGGCUGGAAUAGGUAGUACUUUUCUUAUUUUUGCUGUAAUAAUGCUAACGGGAGCAAUAUAUUGUUGUACUGUAGUCCCCGAAACAAAAGGAAAAAGUUUUCAGGAUAUUCAAGUAAUGUUGAAUGUUAAAAGUUAAUUUAACAAACUAUAAAUAAAAAUAUUAUAUCUUUGUCUAUAAUAAUUGUAAAAAAAUACUCCGAUGUUGUAAUAUAGUGUGUUAAUUCUUCA